AUGCAAGUCUUUCAUUUGACUCUGAAUUUGAUCAGCGCGUUCCUCUAUUGCAUGAAUUACUACAUUGUUGAGCCAUCUUCAACAAUGUACGUCAAUCGACUCGGUGCGCACGACGCCAUGUCAGGGACACUUAUUGGUAUGAUGCCCCUGGCUGCCUUUGCUUCGAGUUUACCCUAUAGUAUUUGGACCAAUCGAUCUUUUCGACAACCCUUCAUCGCGAGUGGCGUCCUACUAAUUUGCGGCAACCUGCUGUACAGCAUGGCCGACCGGUUUCAACGUAUCGAUAUUGCGCUGGCUGGACGAUUUAUUGCCGGUCUUGGUGCUCCAAAGUGCAUCAUUCGCAGGUAUAUGGCUGAUACGACUCCACUCGCUCUGCGCACAUCUGUCAAUGCAGGAUUUGGUAUGGUGGUUGCCGCGGGGUCCGCCAUGGGACCGGCAAUGGCCGUUAUGUUGAAUCGCAUCGAAUAUACGGUGGCCUUUCCCUAUAUUGGCGUCAUUUCCUUGAACGGCUUAACUCUGCCUGGAUACUUUAUGGCAUCACUCUGGCUGACCUUUACAGUCAUUGUACUGUUGACUUUCGAGGAACCCGAUCGAGAAGGAUUGGAGGAACAAAAGUUGCUGGAGAGUCAAGGGGAUAUUCUCGUUAGUCCGACAAAUCGCUCGACCACCGAUAAUUCCACUUCGUAUCGAAACCAGUACAACGGUAGUAUCAUAGGUCACUAUGGCAAGUAUUCUGAAAUGCACGACAGCGACGAUCGAUCGUUCGAGAUUAAAUCCCAGCAGCUGUCACAAGAUAUUCCGCUUGGGUACGAGUUACCCGAAGACUCGACUUUUUGGCACAGAAUCCAUUACUUUUUUGCUCUCAUCACAUGGCCGGUUCGCCUAUGUCUGGGUCUGCUCUUUUGCAAAGUUUUUACAAUUGAAACCCUUGUUAGUGCAACAUCGGCGUUGUCCAAGAAUCGGUACGGGUGGCAAGUAAACCAGGUUGGAACACUAGGGUUCAUCAUUGGUUGUUUGGUCAUUCCAUUUUCCAUCUUGGUGGGAAGAUUGUCUAUGUCGCAUCAGGAUCACGUUUUGAUGCUUUGGUUGGUUGGCACGGGGUGUUUGGGCAUGUUUCUCUUAAUCGAUCUUUCCGAUUUGGUCGAAACGCAAGAUCGGCACUACAACGAAGGCCAUCCAUUGGCUGUUGGUCCCAACCGAUACAUUUGUGGCUACUUUUUGUCAUAUCUGUCAAUACAAUCCUUCGAAGGAGUGAUCGGCUCGACGUUAAGCAAAGUGAUUCCGACUGCACUGGCCUCCGGAACAAUAAACUCGGGACUAUUGGCCACCAUGGUUGAUACAUUUGGUCGUGCCUGCGGAGAUCUCUUUAUCUCUGCUGUUGGCUUUGUUAACCUACGCCAGCUCAUGAAUUUAUUGUUCAUACCUGGUUUUGCGAUUAUGCUGAUCUGUUUCGUCGUCAUCGAACGAUUCCGAGACUUACUGUCAGUGUAAAGCUGCAACCACGACGAAAACACAAUGAACACCUGGUAAAUCACCAACUUUAAGGUCUUUUACCCAGAAAAUGCAUAUCUGUUCAAAAAUUCAGAUGGUGGUCAGACUUUCUGCUUCCGAACGAAACAUGCCCCACAGGAUAGAUCCGAUGGCCUGCAGAGCCAUGCCUGUUUCUUCCACAUCUUGGAUUCGGGAACGACUCAAACCAUUUCGACUCACCAUGACGGUCGAAGUUGCCGUGACUAACGACUGAGCUACAUGAAUGCUGCGUUGUUAUCAUUUGCAAUCCACUUACAAUGAAUGCAACACCCUGACAGUACAUGAUUAUUGAGGAAAUGAGAUGUCUGCUUAGAAAAUACCGAAAAUAAAUCUAGAGAACAGUUAGAAAAU